CGUUGUCAGUGGAACCCCAGGAGGAAAAUGGAAGCAAGCGGUGUUGAAAACAUUGAGGCGCGUGUUCUGGAGCUUGAAAAACGUGUGUAUGGGGAAAAGAGAGUACGGAACAAGCCAGUGAAGUGUGCCGAUUCGCUUGCGAGGACGCAAGCGGCUCUCGGAAAUAUGGCCAACAAGAGAGAACGGGUAAAAAUCUUGCACAAAAAAAUUGAAGACCUGAUGAAGUAUCUCGACCCCCAGUUCACUAAUCACAUUACUGUCCCUGAUGCCAUGAAACUGGAGUUUAUUUUAGCCGAGGAGGAUUUCCUGCUGUCUCAGGCUUCUUUGCUGGAGCAGGUCAGCAGUUUGCAGCCCCUCCUCAACAGCAGCCAUAUCCAAGCUGUUCCAGAACAUGCCACCAAACUGCAGCGUCUGUCACAGAUCCACAUCAAACAGCAGGACCAGAGUGAGGAAUUGUCAGCAGAUGUUAAGAAGCAGUUUGAGGAUUACAACAAGAUGAUGUUCCUGCUGUCCAAGCAGUUCGCCCAGUGGGACGAGACCCUGCGGCAGCUGGAGGAUGCCAAGCAGGUCAAGCAGCGGGAGUAGAGAUGCUGUGUGUGAGACGUUGCCCUGCAGUGUCUUCAGGGAGCCAUCUUGAAGUCCUUCUCUUGCUCUCAUCGGAUGUACGGGACCCAAACCUCACCUGCACUUCCCACCCACUGAAACGAUUUCCUAGUGCUCUCCGUACAAAUAAAGUCGGAAGAGGUGUGAAUAUUAUCAAAUCGUUAGUGUUAAUAUGGUUUGACAGCUGCGUACUUGGCCUCAAAUUCGGCAUUGUUUAUGAUUUUAUCACCUAUUUUAUCGCCUCUUUUAUACCUAUUUAUUUACACCUAUUUUCACCUAUUUCAUCAGUGCACAUCUUGAAGAGACAGGAGUGGUAGGGGGUUUCCUAUAAGAGUAGAGUUAGAACCUGCAGCCUUAUCACUACAGAACCUGUACUUUUGCAAAGGAGCAAAAUACACUCAGGAUUUUCCAAAGAAACACUUCACAAAAGAACAAAAAGACAUCAAAGAAAAGUCCAAUAACUAUUGUGUACAGUGUUUAACAUUUUGGUCUUUGGUAGCCUCUACAAUGCUGAAGGUACUGAAACAUACCGAUUGUGCCCAAUGUUUUGUGUUCUGAAUUCUUUUCUAAGAUGAAUAAACA